AUGAUUGAUAUAUUUCUUGCCGGGGUAAACACAAGUGCUACGACCAUACUUUGGGCAAUGACAGAACUAAUAAGAAAUACAAGUGUGAUGAAGAAAGUGCAAGAUGAGGUUAGGACAGUACUUGGAGAAAACAGAGAGAAGAUCACAGAACAAGAUCUUAACCAACUUAACUACUUCAAGCUAGUGAUAAAAGAGACAUUCAGAUUACACCCAACAGCUCCACUUUUAUUACCAAGAGAGACAAUGUCACCAAUCAAGAUUCAAGGCUACGACAUUCCCAAAGAAACUCAGAUCAUGAUCAACGUUUACGCGAUAGCACGCGAUCCGAAACUUUGGGAGAAUCCUGAUGACUUUAAACCUGAAAGAUUCGUUGAUAGUUCUGUUGAUUACAGAGGACUUAACUUCGAGCUUUUGCCCUUUGGUUCUGGUCGAAGGAUUUGUCCCGGUAUGACGAUGGGGAUCGCGAUGGUCGAAUUGGGAUUGUUGAAUUUGCUGUACUUCUUUGAUUGGGCAUUGCCUGAAGGAACGACAGUGAAAGAUGUCGAUAUGGAAGAAGAAGGUGCGGUUAUUAUUGGCAAGAAAGUUCCUCUUGAACUUGUGCCUAUUCGUCGUUAUUGAACCAAAGAAUACAUUGUAUAAAUCAUCUUAAAACAGUAAGAGAGGGUGCUUCUUUUUUUCUCUAUAUGCUUCAUUGUAAAAAAGAAAAAGUAUUGUCGUCUCUUUUUUUCCUAGGAUUUGUAAGUGAUCUUAUUUUGCAUUGUAGGCCGAUGUAUUUAUAUAUAUUGCAAUCCAUAAUAUAUUAACAAAUGCAUGUAAUGAAAGGUUUGAUGUGGAAAAUGGUAAAUAACCGGGAAACUUUGAAAUUGUUUUGUUGACAGCAAAAUCGUUUU